AUGGUUGUCCCUGAUGGUUCCAGUAUCCGAGUGGAGCUUGCUGAUCUUGCCAGCAGCCGCGUUACUGGCUUCCAGGAAACGAGUCUCACUCCGCUGCCCGUCAACGUUAACAUCACUGACGCAGAGAUCUUGCUUGGCCUCGCGUUCGUCCCUGCCAUACCGAUUGGUUUCGACUUUCUGGAUCAGCUGAAAGCUGAAGUCACACCAUCGUUGAACUUACCCCGUCUGGACGCGAAGCUGUCGAGCAACAUCCCGGAGAACUGUGGUGUCAGCAACAGCAGCAAUGCUACAGCACCGAAUGCGCCAUUCGCCAACCAAACAACAGAAUUCCCACCCGAACUUCUAAGCCUGGGCCCUCUUGCUUUGGUCGAAGCCAAUGUCUCCCUUUCGAUCGAUAUCGCUCUCGAUGUUUCGAUACCGAUCCUUCCACCGCCUUUCAAUGCAGUCGGUGUCCAGGAGAACAUUUUCACAGCCGUCUUCCCUCUACUGUCCGGCUGCGCAGCGCCUGAGAAUGCUUUCGACAACGUUACAGGCGUUAUCGUGCCUCCGCCUCCGCCGAUGAUGGUUGAAGCUACAUCCGCGCCUCCAAAGCUGGAAGCCAACAUGACCGCGGCGCCAAAGCUAGAAGGCAACAUGACAUCCUUGUUCAGCGCGACCGUAUCUGGAACGCCAGUUGCAGACACUACAGCGAAGACUACAGCGAGUAUUGCUAGUGAGAUGGCUGCGGCUCCGACUUUGAUGCCAAAUGUCACCUUCAUAUUCGCCAGCGACUACUUCCGCUGUGGCAAGCAGCACCGCGUACGCAACGUCGCUGUUGAACACUACUUCGACUAUGGCAAGCGAAAUAGUCUCUGCGCCAUGCACUAG